UCUCGGUGUUUAUCAGGCAUAUGGCAGGCGAGUGUGUGAGGGACUAAUAAGGUUAUCGUACACAUACAGGAAGACUAUGUGGUCUGAUAGUUCAUGAAUGGGACACGCAAAGUACACAAUGUCAAUCAGGUCUUGAGGACUAUUUCAUGUUGUUAUUCUUGGACAUCUAUUGCUGGCUCCAGAAUAUCGUGACUUCUUGGCUUAUUGUAUAGGCCUAGCCUUGUAGGAGAGGUUUCAGCGUGUAACUAUGUUGCUAAUGAUCAUCAGAUGAUUGAGGUGGAUUGAUUGAUUUCUGAUUGCCCUUUUGGAUUUGCUGUGACAGUGUAGAACAUUCAAAGUGACUUCAAGGUCUCAUCAAGGGAGGAGUGGAACUGGGUCUCAUCAAAGGAGGAGUGGAACUGUCUGGAAUACUUGAAUUCACUUUCGAUUUUUCUUCCAAUGAAUGAUUGUUUGACAUGGACACAGGAGACCUCCUACCAAAGCCUUCUUCUUUACAUUCAUGCUUCCAAAGGAUGUUUACGAAGUCCAUAUAUCAUUCGUUGUACAAUUUGUCUCAAUGCAGUGUCGGGCCUUUUAUAUCCAGAUCAAACAUCAAUACCAAGGGCCUAUCGUCAGUUGAUUCUUGUCUCUUUCUGGGACAUGGCUAACUAAUUCUCUGGUUUGGUGGCCACUCUACAUUUCUCUGACAGGGAAACAUGCUGUGGCUGUCUUCGGCAAUGUGGAUUAUAUCACUUUUGGCCUAACUCGGGAAAUGGAUUUUCUUCUACUCUGAGAUUUCUGAACUGAUGACUAUUAGUACCUAAGUGUGCACAUCUUGUCAUACAGUGUUUCCAGAAGUUAACCAUCGAUUGCACAGUUAGUGCUCUUCCUCUCAAUUCAACAAAGAUGAACUGGAGAAGGUGUUAAAGGCCAUUGUCACACCUCAGCCUGCAAUACAGCAAAGGUGUAGUUGAUAUUGUUCACAUGGAAGAGCUAUCUUGUUGGCAACAAUCAUCAUCUUGCUCCACAACUUUGUGAACUAAAGAAGAAUUAGAGGCCCACUUCAACUUUUAACCUGAAGUGAGAGUUGAUAGGGUCCCUGUCUUACAUGCCUACCGGUGAUGCAGAACGAAAUCAGAGAAGUCUCAUUUACAGGUGUUCUGUCACGUGGACAUCAACAUGUAAACAACGCAUCUCGGUAUGAUUUCACAACUUUUCCCACCUGCCUGUUGUGACGUCAAUGUAUGAUAUGAUCUCGUGAAGGGCCUCUUCACAUGGAUGUGAUAGCUUACUCCUCCAUUCUCCUUCCGUGGUCUUAACCAUAUCACAUGAUCAUGCCUGUUCCACGAGCUAACAGGCCCGACUGCCUCGACCUUACAGACAUUGGACCUCCACACUUAAUGCGACAGACAAGUUUGGAAGGAAGCCCACCACUCAUACAGAUACAGACAGAAGAAGGACCACCACAGAUGAUGCGGCAACUGAGUUGGGGCCCAACAGUACGCUCCUUUACUCGUCAGACAAGUUGUGGUCCAGCAAUACCAUCGUUCACCCGUCAGACAAGCAUUGAGAAUGCUGGACUGAACCGAAGGAAUAGUAUCUCGGGAUACUUGGUCACACGGACAAGACUAAGGAGGUGUUUAUCUGAGACAUCAGCACGGGAACUUUCUGACUAUGGACCACCCGCCUCUCCGUCCCCGAUUCCUUCUCCACGCAAGAAGGAUGAUCUAUCAAACAUGCCAAAGAACCUGAGGUUGUUACACCGCACAUUGUCCGAGGAUGUGCGGCACCGACGCAGAGAGAGCAUGCCCAGUACCCCCACCGGUCUCUACCGGGGCAUAAGCACGUCUCAUCUACAUCACGCCACAGCCACCAGUGCCCACAGUGACUCCUCCAACUUAAUCAGGAUGAGGGCUUCAUCACUUGGACAGUCAGCACCUUCCUUAUCUGCCAGCAUGAAGGAGCUGAACAUUACUCGACGAAACAGCUUUGGCUUGGUCUAUUCAUCCAUUCAUAGCCGGUCUCACAGUAAGAAGAUGCUUCCCGGAAGCUGCUCACCCACCCUCCCUCCACGAUGUCACUCCCCUCAAGCCACUUCUGGCAGCCCACUUGAAAGCCCACGAAAUGCUUCCCCUAACCAGCAUGGCCAUUUCCCGUUCAAUGCUCCAGCUAUCAACCCAAAAAGGAUUGAUGGCCGACGGUGGUCCCUGGCCUCCCUCCCUUCAUCAGGGUACGGAACGAAUACACCAAGCUCAAAUAUGUCGGCAUUUCUCUUCCAGUCGCAGUGCUCCUCUCAGGAGAAACUACAUCAGCUGCCGUCUCAACCAACCGCUGACGAGUUACGCAUAUUAACCAAGCAUUUCAGUAGCAACGAGAGUAACCCAGGAAUAGACGAGGAUGGCCGCAAGUCGCCGAUGAUGAGACCGCGGUCUCGCAGUCUCAGGCUACGUCGAGUUCUGAGCCUGCCACCAUCCACCCGUCCUUUCCCGGUCAGUAGUCCCGGGCGGUCACCGGUGUCAGACAGUGAGAUCAUUAUGAUGAACAACGUCUACAAGGAGAGGUUUCCCAAGGCCACUCUUCAAAUGGAGGAGAGACUCAAGAACUUUCUUGAGAUGAACAGGUCACAUGAGCAGGUGGAGGAAUCGGACAGCAUCUACCGGUUUAUCCACCACCAAAUCGUUGAGCUGGCACGCGAUUGUUUACAGAAGAGUGAAGAGAAGAUGAUAUCGAGUGCUUACUUUUAUGAGUUGACAGAGAAUCUGGAAAGACUUCAUAUUGAUGCCAAAGAGAAGUCACCCACCAUCAGCAUGCACAUCUUACAGCUGAUCAAGAAGUUUCUGCUCAUCAUCUCGCGGCCAGCGCGCCUACUUGAGUGCCUUGAGUUUGAUCCCGAGGAGUUCUACCACCUCCUGGAGGCGGCCGAGGGCCAGGCAAAGCAAACUAUACAAACCGACAUUCCACAAUACAUCGUCAACAAACUCGGCCUUGAUAGAGACCCACUAGCUGACAUCGUAGAGAUCGCUAAACAGAGUGAAAUAGAAGGUGGCGUGUCGUCAUCAGAUGGUUCAUUAGAGGAUCCGCCACUAGAAGGAGCUACUGCUGCCACGGGUGACUCUGGCAUCGUUAAUUCAGGCUCAGACGGAGAUGGUGAUAAAAGUGAUAAAAAGAGCAUUAGCCAUGAUGUCCAUAAAAUGUUGAAGAUGAAACCGCCACACGAAGAGGAUUUUGCCAAUAUCAAGCUCAUCAGUAACGGAGCUUAUGGUGCUGUUUAUCUGGUGCGACACAAAGAAAGUCGCCAACGCUUUGCCAUGAAGAAGAUCUGGAAACAUAACUUGGUGCUUAGAAAUCAGGUGGAGCAAGUGUUUGCCGAGCGCGACAUUCUCACUUUCGCUGACAAUCCUUUUGUUGUCAGUAUGUACUGCAGCUUCGAGACGAAGAAACACUUGUGUAUGGUGAUGGAGUAUGUAGAGGGUGGAGACUGUGCGACGCUGCUUAAGAACAUGGGUCCACUCCCGGUCGAUAUGGCCAGGAUGUACUUCGCUGAGACGGUGCUCGCAUUGGAGUAUCUGCACAACUAUGGCAUCGUCCAUCGUGAUCUCAAGCCUGACAAUUUACUGAUCACGUCAAUGGGCCACAUCAAGCUGACAGACUUCGGACUCUCCAAGAUGGGAUUGAUGAGCUUGACCACCAAUCUCUAUGAGGGGUCAAUUGACAAAGACUGCAAGCAGUUCCGUGAUAAGCAAGUCUAUGGCACUCCUGAAUACAUCGCCCCAGAGGUCAUCCUCAGACAGGGCUAUGGUAAACCUGUUGACUGGUGGUCCCUCGGCAUCAUCCUGUACGAGUUCCUGGUCGGAUGUGCACCGUUCUUCGGCGAUACUCCUGAGGAACUCUUCUCCCAGGUCAUCAAUGAUGAGAUUGAAUGGCCAGAAGAAGACUGGGCAAUACCAGACGAUGCCAGGGACCUGAUCGCACGUCUGCUCAACCAGAAUCCCAUUGACCGGCUUGGAACGGGAGGAGCCCAGGAGGUGAAGAUGCAUCUCUUCUUUGACGGCCUGGACUGGGAUAGUCUCCUCAGGCAGAAGGCUGAGUUUGUGCCGAGCUUGGACAACGAGGAGGACACAAGUUAUUUUGACUCACGGACAGACCGUUAUAACCAUGAACUAGAAACUGAGGACACAGCUGACGACGAGGACGACAUCAUGUUUCACAGUUUCUCAUCUUGUGCACCGAGAUAUUCCCGCGUCUACAGCCGGAGCUUUGAGGGAGCACGAGAUUUGCACCGUCAAGAAAGGUUGGAGAGAGAUGACAUACCACAACGACGGAAGAAGUCAGGAGGAUCGAACCAUUCAGAGAGCUCGACGGAGAUGUCUUCACGGAAGGACAGUCAGUCGGACACGGGCAGUCAGGCAGAGGAUAAAGAUAUGCCAGAUAAACUGGAGGACGAUGUCUUGUCAACAUCUCCUGAUAUCAAUGCCAAGCGAAACAGUAUUUCCAAAUCUCACCCGGCCAUUAGUACAAGUACUCCGGAGGCGUCACACUCUGAGGGUGACCUCUCCCCGCAGGUGGUCAGACGACGCACAGCUUCUGGCCCAGAGUCAAUCAAUGUGCCAAAGUUCUCCAUAUCCUUCGAAGACCAUGACCGAUAUGAAAAGGAAAUGCAUCAGCUUAAACCCAAACCGUUGUCCAUAACGAAAGAACUUUCCCCGGUGGAGGAGCGUGGUCGCGCAAGGGCAACUAAAGAUGUACGCAGGAAGAGCCAGUACACUCCACCAACGCCUAGGUCGAGGUUGGCUACAAAGCCGGUCCAUAAGUCGGCUUCUACGACCCAGUUGUCUUUAUUAAUUCCACCCCAAGAAGACUUCAUACCUCAGCCAGCGAGCUCCCCUGGAUCCAGCACAAGUUCACGUGAUCCAUCACCUAGUCGUGACGCCUCUCCUGUGGUUGGUCAUCUCAAGCCACCAAUAGUUGUCAAGAAAUCUGCCCGCGGGUUUGGAUUCACACUUCGUGCCAUCAGGGUCUACCUGGGCGACUCUGACUACUAUACUCUACAGCAUCUAGUCGUGGCUGUUGAAGAAGGUGGUCCAGCGUUUGAGUCGGGUCUCCGCCCGGGAGACCUAAUCACCCAUGUGAACAGUGAGCCGGUGCAAGGUCUCCUCCACACUCAGGUUGUUCAGCUUAUCCUCUCGGGCGGCAGCAGCUUAAAGAUACGAUCGUGUCCAUUAGACCAGACGUCAAUCAAAACUGGAGGCAGACGACGCUCGCCUAACAAUCCAGGAAAGAUGGCACGCAGAAGUGUCAAAAAGAAACAUCAACGUGAGCGGAGCAGCUCAGAUAAGAAACGAAAGACGUCGUUAUUUCGACGCUUGAGUAACCGUAAGGCAGAGCAACAUAUUCAGUCACCGUUAACUCAGAGUAGGAGUUACACCGGUCUGAACCGGUCAUUGUCAUCAAACGACAGCUUACCUGGAUCUCCCACAAGGUCACCACGCUCACCUCCGACCAGUCGCAUUUGGACGUCUCCACCAGACUCAGCUCAUUCUUCACAGAGCAGUUCACCCAAUUCUAGCGCACCAAACUCGCCUGCAAGUUCAACUCAGCUUGGCAGACCAAGUUCCUUACAUGGCUUGAAACAUAAACUGGCACAGACAUUGAAGUCACCUCACCGGCGUAAAUCUGUGCAUAACAUUCCGCUAUCGCCACUGGCGAGGACACCUUCACCGUCACCAAUGGCAACAUCGCCAACACGCAGUCCUAGUCCACUCACCGUUGUGACAGGUUCACAUCAUGGCCACCAUGUAGCGCCGCAUGCCAGUUCAAAUCUCGUCCAAACUUACCCCGCCUAUAACAAUACAACGCCAUCGCAGUCGUCUCUCGCUACACCGAAAAAGUCGUUGACGCGUCCCAAGAGUUGUGAGCCUGGCUCGCCUCUGCUCCGACGCACAUUAUCACCUGAUCGCCUGCAUCCUAACUCCGCCGAGCGACGUGAACUGGCACCAAGGAAAACUGAUCCUACGCCCGGCAAAGAAGGACAGGAGUCGCCUAAACGGAAAGACUCGUGGCAGGAGAAGCGGGAACUGUUUGAUUCGCUGUGAGCGGAUAUUAAUCUAAAGCUAUUGUGAUACAAGGAUGCUCUCAUCCUGACUGGUGUAAUACUAACUUAACUCUGGCCGAGCCAAACUAUGAUAUCAAAACUAGAGUUGCUAAGAAACCAAAAUCUUCUAUGAUCUUGUCAAUGUGGUCGAGUUGUACUUUCAGCUCAAUCAAGUCCGAUCAAGUUUACAUUUGAUUUUCUGGUGGUGGAGUGUGUACUUACCAUAACUGAACCUACUUGCUACAGACAGGUCACAUUGACAAUGGUGUGGAAGUUUUGGUGAUUCUUAGCCUGUGUGCUGUUAGAAGUCUGUGUGUAAUGCCACAUUGCUCAUGUGUAUGGUGAGUAAAUCGUGGUACCUGGAAUGGUGUUCCAGCAGUCAGCUUGGCUCGGGUAGACAAGGGAACAAGUCAACCGCGGGCUGCACAUGUUUCCCUUUGUAAAUAAACACAGUGAACCAGACAAUUGAAUUUGCAUUGAAAAGUUGACGAUUGCUACAGUUCCUCUGUGGAGUUGACUUUGUGUUGUUUUGACGUGUCCUUCACAAAGGUCACAUGUGUUCUUUAUAAACUCAACCUUCGUUGCUUGCCAUUCUUUUGCGUCUUGUGAUAUUUUGAGUGUGGUGAUCAUGAAAACUUCUGUCUCUACGUGUCGAUUAUUGGUUUAUUUUCCUAUCUUUUCUUGAGAUUACACAUGUACAACCCUCGGUCAUUGGCUCUACCUGGAGUUGAACACGUGAUGACAGUAAUGAUGCAGACACAUUGUCCCAUACAGAUGUGAAUCAUGGUACAAAUCAAGCAGCUAAAAACAUGUAACCUUCGGACGCAUUGUGUCAAAUAGUUGUCAACUGUCAGACAUCUUGUUACGACCAACACAAGCAUGAGUUCACAGUUUGACCUUUCUGCAAGACUCUAUUUUCAUUGUAAAUGUUUGUAAAUAAUGUUUAUUGUUGGGAGUUAAUGACCAUGGGAUGUUCUCCCGAUGUGUACAGAGAGGUUUAUCAAGAUAGUUGGUUCCACUUGUUGAUGUAAUUGGUGAAUACUGUAGUCAACACGCACUUGUUGUGGCGGUCAGGACCUGUACAUGACUUGGGGCGACACCAUGGGUUCCACUGUCUCCAAUGGGCUACAUGUUGUGUGGCAGUCAGGACCUGUACAUGACUUGGGGCGACACCAUGGGUUCCACUGUCUCCAAUGUUGUAUGGCAGGAAGGAAGAGUCUGUUGACUAUGUUACUUGUUUGGUAGUGAGAACAACUGCACACAUUAACGCGGCCAAGAUGUAACCUAAAUGAGGGAAUGACCACCCUAGAUAAAAGAAUGUUCAAUGGACUCUUCCAUCCUGUAACAUAACAAGUUCCCUUUUGGCCAGAGUGUAUUCAACACAAUGGUUUCAUAGGUGGCAGCACCAUUUUCUAAUGCUACGAUAUGGAAAUAGUUCUAUUAAACAUUAUAAAUGUGAUUGGCGACUUUUAAUAAAUCAUGACAGAUCAGUGGUGUCGUUUUGCAUUUUGUGUGAUCUUCGUUAAAUAUUGUACAUAAAGCUUAAAUUUUGAGAAUCUAAAGUUUUGAUAAUUUGAAAUCUCUGAUUAUGAGGAUCUACUGCUAUUACGGUAAUGAGCUUGUGUUGUCUUUAAAAGUGCUUCCAGAAAUCAUUCCCUUGGAUCCCCAUUGUUCCUCAAUGGUUUGAACCAAAGAGAAGGUGGAAGGGUUCAUUCUGAACUCUCAGGGGGUGACAAGUGGUGAUGAUUGAUACACAGUCAUGUAACUAAACAGAAAUUGAACAUUUUGUCUGGGGAGACUAUGAGCCUUCAUCAGAUUUAUCCAGGUCGCUGAUAUAUCAUCAAGAUUUUGGCAACAAUAUUGAGUCAUUCAUUGAUGAAUGUUUUCAAGUGUACAGAUGAACAUAUUCGGUAUCUGCUUGUAAUCAUUGAACCUCAUCAAGAGCACAGAUGUAAGGCACUUGGAGGUUUGAAGGAGCUGCUCAGACAGUGAAUCACCUGACUGAGACUGAGCUACGGGAACCAGGCCCCUCCGCUCCUGAGACAUGCCAGGUCACAUUAUUUGACUGAGCUACUGGAACAUGCCAGGUCACAUUAUUUGUACGUCUCUUUAAUUGCAGAGAGGUGAUUUCUGAUUGUUAUGACCGAUUAGUUUAAUUAGUGCUGGUUGUCUAUAUUUUUCACUCUUUCUACUAUUGGUGAAUUUUGUUGCUUUGAAGUCAGUAUUCAUGUGAAAAUAAAGAAAAUUCGAGGGAAAUUUGAUUCUCAAAACUGUAGACCUUUGAAGGUGGAUUGUCUGAUGAUAAUAUCUGGCAAGCAUUCCUGUGUGGAGGGCACCCAGAUUCUCUGCCUUGCAUUAUCCUCUGUCAUGGUUUGGACAAGGCUAUUGUUGUGACGAGACUUGGGUCAAGUCCAGCACAACCUGGGGAAUGUCUGUUGGUUUGAAGGGCAUUCGUGGUAGAAGCAAGGUAUGGGAGGUACCAAAGCAUUAUGCUGGCUGGGAUUGGGUCUGAGGGGCAGAGGUCAUGAAGUCUAUCACUGCUGGUUGAUCCGCUGGUGAAAGGAAGGGACCCCUUUGGUAGCCUCCUUAAAAGUUUCAAAAUGGGACAGCAUUUUAUGAGUCUAAAUUGGAGUUUAUUGGGUCAGGGGUGGGGGCCAAAUGAAUAUGCUGCAUGUGCUAGUUCUUCGCCUGCUUGUUUACUUCUUAUCAUGUUCCUAUUUGUUUUUGUACAGAUGUUAUUUCACUGGUUGUAGUCUUAGCAGAUGAUGUGUCAAGUGGUCGAUUCCACAGUGAUGUUGGUUGGUGUCACCUCCACCCAGUCGUGUGUGUAACUGCACUCUCAUUGCUCCAAUUGUAAUGAAGCAAGUCACUGGUGAAACCUGUCUUUGGAAUGAAUAUUGCCAGGCUUUCUAUCAGAUGUCAACACCAAUGGCCAGUGUCACAUCCUUUAUACUGGUGAAGUGACUCCAUCUAGUGUUGUUGGAAUGAACUAUAGGCUGUGUUAACAAUGUAAAUAUCCUAAAUCUUCACCGAGCGAAUCAUGUAUAUUUUGUUGAAAAGGGUUGUCACCCAUCAGAUGUUUAAAUAGCAUAUAGGGCUGUUCUGUAAAGGGUUGUCACCCAUCAGAUGUUUAAAUAGCAUAUAGGGCUCUUCUGUAUAGUGCAUUCAUGUGCACCUACAUUUGUUAAUAAAAAAACGUGCAUUGAAAA